GAGAUACUACUCGUAAUUGGUCUCGGGAUGCACCAAACUCCGUCAUAGAUAAAUACUCUACAUACUAAAGCUUUACCGCUACGGUCAGUGACAAGAGAAGAGAAGAAGCAACUAAAUUUUCUGAAAGAGACCCGAGAUCACUAACGGAAACAAGAAGAGCAAGCGAGGUGGAGUCGAAUCAUCCUCCCAAGAGAAGAAAACCAGGCGAAAACAAAACCGACCGUUUGAUUUUUUCCCGCUCGGCCGAAGCGAAGCGAACCCGAAACACAAGACAAUACAAGACAGUAUGAGGGUGGCCAUGAAUUUCACGGCACCGAAUCGGAUCCGAACAAAAUCGAGGUCAACUCUAUCUUCCACGAUGCUCAUAAUACUGUCCGCUUCCGUCGUUUCCGUAUGGACGAUGGCGAUGGUUGGGUCGUUAUCGCAGAUCGAGGGAGCGACCGCAUUCUGCCCGACCGCAUCGAGGACGAUUCGGUCCCGAAACAAAGCUACGCCUACCGAAUACUCGCCCCUGCAGAAUUGUCGGAUUCCUUCCCUUUUGCGGGUCGCGACUGCGGUGCAACCCGUGUCUGCGGAAGAAACUCCGGCACAGACCGACACGACAAAAAACAAUUCGUCGCGAUCUCCCGCAGAAAAAGACGGCUCUCAACCGCCCCGGGCAGCGGCCCAGCCGCCAAAGAACAACAACAAUAGCGACAAUAACAACAGCAAGGGCAACCAAGACGACGCCGGUGUCGUCGGCGACUGGGAAAACCUGCACGGGAACUGGGUCCUCCGGCCGAAACUCGACCCCUCGAACCUCGACGAAUUCAACGCCUCCGGUUCCCAGCCGAGGGCCGUCAUCCACUUUCUGGGCGGAGCCCUGGUCGGAAAGGCGCCCCACAUCACCUAUCGGUACAUGCUGGAAAAACUGGCCGCCGAGGGGUUCCUGAUCGUGGCCACGCCGUACGAUUUGUCCUUUGACCACCUGUCGACCUGCGACGACGUCCUGACCAGGUUCGAGGCGGUCGCGCCGACCCUGGCCAAACAGUACGGAGCACUCCCGGUGGUCGGGAUCGGCCAUUCCUGUGGGGCGCUGCUGCAGGUGCUCAUCUCCUCCCUCUUCCCCGACACCCCCCGGGCCGCCAACGCCCUGCUGAGCUUCAACAACAAGCCCGUCUCGGACGCCGUUCCCUUCUUCGAGGAAUUCUUUGCCCCCCUGUUCUCGUCGCUCGCGGUCGGGCCCGAGCUCGGCGGGACGGACGGCGGUGCUUCCACCGGCCGCGGACCGAGUUCCAACGAUUCGCUCGUUUUGGGACUCAAGCUCGCCAAGGCCGCCUCGCAGGGCCGGCUGCCCUCCGACGAGUUGCUGGAAGAAGCCCAGAGGGUCCUCGGGGGUGGCUUCCUGGCCGCCGCGGCGCAGACCACCUCGCUGUUUCCGUCGUUCCCACUUCCCGUUCCGCCGUUCUUUGGGAACGACGGCAACCAGGGCCAAUCCUUCAAGAUACCCACCAAGGCCAGGGAGACGUACGAGAAAUGGGCGGAGCCCACCGUCACCGCGCUAAGCGAGGCUGGUGUGCUGCCGGUGAUCUACGAAACCAUCGUCUCGCUGGAACAAAUACCCAGGCUCAUCGACGAGGUAAGCGUCGUAAGUUUUUUUCGUUUCCGUGUCUUGUGGACGCCAGCAAACAACAAGAACCUCGAACAGAUAUUUUGGAUCGAAUUUCUCGACGUUUCGUCGCAUCUUCAAUCAUUCUAACGCUGCCUUGUGAAUAUUUAUUCGACUCAUAGGUUGCCGACGGAGCAAGAGACUUUGAUCCCACUCCGGCCUCGGUUCGAUCUGCUGCGGGCAAAGCCUAUCGACCCCGACGGACCCUCAUUGUGGGAUACGAAGACGACCCAAUCGACGAGAGCGGCGAGAUCGAGGAAGUGUUGAAGGAAGCUCGGAGCAUCACCCGGAUGAAGCGGCCMAUGGUCGAAAUCGACGUCGAGCGAAAGGUUCUGGGCGGAGGCCACGCGGCCCCCCUGCUAGCACCACCCCUGGACGUGGCCGAGCGCGCCGAAGACCUGCUGGGGGUGGAAACCUCGAAGGAACGAUUGGGGUACACAGAAGCCGCGGCGACGGUAGAGGAUCUCGUACGAUGGCUCGAGGAGGGCAAUCUAUAGUUGGAGCUAACCGUAUCCUCUGCUUCGAUGACUGCACACACCAUUUUUCAAAUGUAAACUAAAAAAAGUAUUUUCCA